AUGAGUACAGACUUCCACAAACUCCUUUUUGACAUUUCCGAGGCUUUGGUCACAGAUGAACUGGAAGCUCUGAAGUUCCUCAGCCUGGAGCACAUCCCCAUGAGGAAGCUGGAAGCCAUCGAGGAGCCCAAGGCCUUCUUAGACGUGCUGCAGGAGAGAGACUUGAUCGGGGCGGGGAACCUGUUCUUCCUGAAGGAGCUGCUCUACCGGAUCAACCGCAUGGACCUCCUGGCUGCCCAGCUGCGCUCCAGCCCGGAGGAGGUGGAGAAGGAGCUUCGGAUCCCGGGCAGGGCAAAGGUGUCAGCCUACAGACAGCUACUAUAUGGAAUUGCAGAGGACUUGAUUCCAGAAGAUGUCAAGAAUGUGAAGUUCCUGCUGCAAAAGAAAAUACCAAAGAACAAGCUCCAGAGUGGUGCUUCAAUGUUGAAGGUCUUCCUGGAAAUGGAAAGGAACGUCAUAAUUAAAGAAGAUGACCUGUCGGUGCUGAAAGGUGUAUUAAAGGGAUUUAGAGCUGACUUAAAGAAAAGAAUUGAUACCUAUGAAGAAAAAAUAAAAGAAAAUGAUUCUAAGGCAAUACUCCACUAUCCAGUGCCUGUGUCUGUGAAUGCAGAAGAAGAAGGAGCAGAGGGGGAGACAUCACACUGGCCUGUGGAAUCAUAUAAGAUGAAAAAUAACCCCCAUGGCUACUGUGUGAUUCUUAACAACUACAUGUUCAAAAAUCCGUAUGAAGCCAGAGAAGGAACAGAGAAAGACGGGGAGGCUGUGAAGGAGGUCUUUAGCUGGCUUCAGUUUGAGACAGUUGAGCACAUGGAUCUGGAAGCAUAUGAAAUGUAUGCAAAAGUUAAAGAAUACAGCAAAAAAGAUCAUAGUAACAUGGACUGUUUUGUUUGCUUCAUUUUUUCCCAUGGUGAAGAAAACAAAAUAAAAGGUGUUGAUCAUGAGUUUAUAAAUAUUAAAGAUUUACUCUCCUGCUUCAGUGGAUCCAACUGUCCUUCUCUUGCUGGCAAGCCCAAGCUGUUUUUCAUCCAGGCUUGCCAAGGCUUUGCAGUUCAUCCAGCUGUCACAGUAAAAGAAGAUGCAUCUGGCCAUUUUGAGGCAGAUGCUACCCCUCUGCACUCCAUUCCUGAUCUGGCUGAUACUCUGGUUGGCAUGGCCACAGUGGAAGGCUACGAGUGCUACCGCUGCAGGGAGACUGGCAGUGUUUACAUUCAGUGCCUCUGUGAGAAGAUGAAGUUGCUUUGCCCCCUCCGCGAGGAUCUCGUAACCAUCCUGACAGAAGUGAACAAGGAAGUGGGAGGAAGAGUAUUAAAUGAAGGGAAGCAGAUGCCAGAGAUAAUAUCAACCCUACGGAAGCGAUUGAUCUUCCCAAUUCCACAACCUCCUUCAGCUGAAAAGUAG